UAUCCAAAAAGUUUGAUGAAAUUGAAAUUGCAGAGGGUGAGAAUUGAACAAGAAUGGCUUCAGUAACUUCAUCUUCUUCGUUUUCCACAAGGCUUCUUCUGCAUUCACCCAUUGCUCUAUUGAGCAGCAGCAGCAGAAGAAGUAGAAGUAGAAGAAGAAACAAGCCCAAUUUUCUGAGGAUGGUGACUCGUUCCUGUCUCGAUGACAGUUCUGCUCUCCUCCGAGCAGCGCAAUACACUGUGGAUACAUACGUGAAAAGUGGCAUGGUUGUAGGGUUAGGGUCUGGUCAUGCUUCUGGUAUGGCCAUUCAGCAUUUGGGUCGCCAGCUUCGUAUUGGUAAUUUGAAGGAUAUAGUUGGGAUUCCUAUGUCUGUUGCAAGUGCAAGUGAGGCAGCAAAAGCUGGGAUUCCAUUGGAUACCUACCAAGACAGUUCUCAAAUUGAUUUUGCAUUUGAUGAUGCCGAUGUUAUAGAAGAAGGAACACUUGUUGCUAUUAUUGGGCGCCGAAAAUUGCAAAGUGAGGAAUCCAUAGUCCAGGAGAAGUCCAUACUAAAUGCUGCCAAUAAACUUGUGUUCGUUAUCGAAGAAAACCAGUACAAAGGUGGUCUGGAAGGUUCUAUUCCAGUUUUAGUUCAGUCUCUCAAUUGGAUGGCAGCUGCUGAAGAGAUUGAUGAUAUGUUUCUGGGUGAUGCCGAGGUCUGGAGAAGACCAUCCAUUGGGCAAGCGGGUCCACUUGGAGGUGACUUCCCACUAGUCACUGGAGAAGGACAUAAUGUUCUUGAUGUUAUCUUUACAUCUCCAAUUGCAAGCCUUGCUGAAGUAGCAAAAAGCCUUGAUAAAGUCGAUGGUGUUGUGGACCACGGUGUCAUAUCUAAAAUCCCAUGCACAGUGGUAAUUGCUUCUCAGAAUGGGCUAAACAUUUUGGACAAAUUGACAGCAGAUAUAGUGGGUUAGGCUUCAGUUCUUGUAGCUUUUCUUUGCAUCUGAAUGUAAAAGCGGUUGUCCAUUUUCCCCCCUCAUAUUUUUUUCUCCAUUUUUCUUCUCUUUGUAAAGAUUAAGAUUAAAGAAAUGGGUAUUUGUGACAGUAUCAACUAUCAAAGCAAGCUUAGGGUUUUAUUGUGUCUCGUGAUAUUAGUGUGUAUGUAUGUAUGUAUGUCUAUUUAUGUUGGUGAGUGAAGUUUAAUUAGUUUU